AAGUCUCAGAUUCUAUAAAGCAAAGUAAAGUUCGCUGCUCUCUAUAUUAGAAUGAUACUUUACAUUUAACUCAAGCAAGAAUAACUUCUAUUCGUUUGUUACGUUAAAUUUUAUUAUCUUUCAGCUCUAAGGAAAAGAUAAGGGGCUAAUUAAGAGGGGUAAAAUCAUGUCGCGUUAAACACAAGGUUCCGCUAUAAAAAAGGAAAGCUCUUCCCUACACCAGGCUCGAAUUUGCAAUUAUAACCAGAACACUGUCACGCUAGCAGUCAAAUCUAAAGUAGAUUGCCCCUUAAUAAAUUCAAAUAAGUAUCAUACACUUUUUUUAAUUAAUAAUAUUUUCCAUGCCAUUAACAGCAGCUGCAUUCACUACAACUAUGGUCUGUCUUGUUUGGAAAUCACCGGGGUGGUCUACCCGGAGGGGAACAGAGAGAUAGCGUGUAACGUGGUGGUGGUCAAGAAUUCAAGAAAUCUCGAUUAAUAAAUUUCUCGAUUAAUACAGACGUCGCGCUGAAAGUUAUCCUAGGAAGAUUUCUCAAGUGAUACAACUUUAUCUUGGUGUAUAUUUAUCGCAUCGAUGUUGUUCUCUGUAUAAUAACAUAAAUUGCGACGCGGUGAUGUAUGAUGUAUUACAUAGGCGACAACUAAGAAUUUGUAAAAUUUCAUAAACGGCUAUGAUUAAAAAAAAAUUUAGUUCUUUCCUUAGAGGUUGCGCCAUGGACGAAAACGCCAACCCUGUUCCAACCAAGCCACACGUGUACGACGACAUCUUUGACCACGUGCGCUCAUUUGGAAGCUACCAAAGAGGAUUGUGGGUAGCGCUGAGCGUGCUGGUGAUGCCAAUGGGGGCUCAGUUUGCGGCACUGAUAUUCGCCAUGGGCACACCCCACUACCAUUGUGCCACGCCCAACGUCACCUGCCCUCCAAGACAAUGCUGCGCCAACUGCACGGAGUACAUAUUUGAUGGGCCCAUGACGUCAACGGUAUCCGAGUGGAAGCUGAUUUGUGACCGCGGAUACCUGGGCGCUACUCUGCAGUCCUGCUUUUUUGUGGGCAUGCUGAUUGGCUCGCUUGUGUGUGGCGUCAUAUCUGACGCGUGGGGACGCAAGAAGUGUCUGUUCAUCUCAUAUACAUUUCUGGGUGUGGCGGGUGUGGGGUCUGCGUGUGUUGACUGUGUGUCAUUCUUCGCCUUCCUGCGUUUCGUGGUCGGGUUCGGGUUAACAGGCGUCAUGCUUUCCGAAUACGUCUACUUGGCUGAGAUGGUCGGGCCAAAGCGUCGGACGCUGAUUGCCGUGUUGUUUGCCUUAUUUGGUGGCGCUGCGGACAUUUUCUUUGUGCUCAUAGCAUACCUCAUACGCGCCUGGAGAACCUUAUUGUUGGUAUACACGGUACCAGCUUUUGCAGUGCUGCUAUGCUGGAGGUGGAUCCCGGAAUCCCCUCGCUGGCUUCUGGCUCAUGGGUACGUGGAUACAGCUUAUGCUGUCAUCAUGAAGUACGGCCCUAAGAAAGGGCAACGUUCCGUGGAUUCAGCUGCUCUGAUGGGCCUGGUAACGAGCAUCCGUAGAGAUCAGCUGAAGGACGAAAAGGCAGCCAAGAGACACGCUCCUCUUGAUUUGCUUAGCGGAUGGAAACUGAGGAAAUGGUCGUUCAUCCUUGCGUACCAGUGGUUUUCCGUCUCGUUACUCUACUUUGGCAUGCUCCUGUUCAUCUCACAGCUCUCAGGUCAACUCCACGUGAACUACUUCAUCAUAACGGGUCUUCAGUUCGUCAGUGUUGUGUUCAAGUGGAUUCUUCUGCAAUAUGCAGGGAGGCGUUUGACGCAUGGAGCAUGCGCAGUAACCGCAGGAGUCAUGUUACUCACGAUGUUGGCGAUCUACAAAGGUUAUCCGCUGCUUACAACAGCGCUGGCUCUCGUCGGCACAAUGUUCGGUAACAUCAACUGGGCCUCUGUGUAUUUGACGACAGCGGAGCUUUACCCGACAAGAAUCAGGAACAUCGCCCUUGGUGCAGGUUCUACGAGCGCUCGCAUCGGUGCUAUCUUGGCGCCAUACGUAGCCAUGACGGCCCAGUUACCAGGCCUCUCCCUGGCCCUGCCGGUCACCAUAUUUGGCGUGGUUGCUUUGCUGAAUGGCAUGCUCUCCUAUUGGCUGCCGGAAACUUUGUUCGCCAAAAUGCACCAGACGAUCGAAGAGACAGAGGCCGCUCAAGAUUAUUAUGGGAUACCUUGCUGCGGAAGACCUCCUGAGAGGCGCGAAAUUCGAUUGAACGGAAAACCAGAAACCAAUGGGGCCGUGGUGACGGAUGACACGGAAUUUGUAUUAACCAAACUGUAAAACGCAAAUGCGUCUCGUCCGAACUCGUCACCUUCCCCACAUCUUCCCACAACACUUUGCGACGCGUGCGUGAAAGCGAGGUCAGGCAUCAAAAUUGUAAACAAGACGACAAAGUUCGUUUUUAUCCUUGAUGUGUGAAAGGUCUAAAACACUUAGUUGUAAGACUGGUCGUUUUUGAAGAAGGUGAAAAGAAAGUAGAUUACAAUUUUCCUUCCA